UGCAAAGGGAAGUCGAGCUCUCCACCUGCAAAGGGAAGUCGAGCUCUCCACCAGCCUCGGCCGCAGGGGGAGGAUGACGGGCUUUCCCCGGAAAAGAAUCCGGCCAGAACUUGAGCUGAGAAUCUGACGUUGUUUUCUUCCCCUUGUUUCUUUACGGCUGAGCUUUAAAUGGGAAUAAUAUACAGUAUAUGUAUAUACAUUUUGACAGGUCACAUCUACAGUAUGUCCUCCCCUCACAUCUCUCAUCCACACACUCACGUCCACAUUUCCUGCCACAUCCCCACUCACUCUUUUCCUUUUUCUCUCUUGUUUGAUACUAAACUGACAGUUUGAACCUCUCUCCGUCCCAUCCCUCUCUCCCUCUCUCUCCCUCUCUCUCUCCCUCUCUCUCUCUCCCUGCGUGUGUCACUUUACGUCGAUGAACCAGUCAUGGACAUGUGGCAUGUGGAAUUUUUCAUUACCUCGCCCCGGGGACAUCAUGCUGCCUGUGCCUGUGUAUCGUGCUGCUAUUUUUUUUUUCUUCCUUUUUUUUUCUUCUCCCUCUCCCGCCUUCCCUCUCUAUCUAACACACUCACACACACACACACACACACACACACACACACACACACACACACAUUCUCUCUCUCUCUCUGUCUCUCUCUCUCUCUGUGUGUGCUAUUAUCCAGAGUCAGGAGUUGUUGUUUGUUGUCCACAUACAGCUACAUGGGGCAGCGGUAGCUGUCAGUGACCGAUCUCCUCUCCAUGGCCUGUCGUCCCUCCGGCUCCGGCUCAUACACUGUGGUGAUUAUCCCACUCAGGACCAGCCUCUCCAGCCUGGACGCACUGCGCUUCUAUCUAUGGAUUAAGCGCUUGAAGGAUCUAGAGAAGGAGAAGGACGCUCUGUGGUCUGGUCUGGAGGUUCUGGAGACGGCUCGCCUCUGGUACCGCCAGCGGCUGCAGGAGAACAGGGCCCGGCAGGACGACGUCGAGGCCCAAUCCCGGCUCGGCUCCUGCCAGGAAGGUGCAGCUGAGGCCCGGUCCUGCUUCCUCAGGUCUCGCAUCCUGCGGGUGAACGGCUCCCUGGGCUCUGUGAUGACCGAGCCCAAUGUCAUGGGCUGCAGCAGCGACCCGUCUCUGCCGGAGGCGGUGGCGGACGCCGACCUCCGGUGGCACAACUCAGUUCUGACUCAGGCGGUGAGUGACAAAAAUCGUCAGAUCUCCAUGUUGGAACUGCAAAAGGACGCUCUCCUCGGACAGCUGGACGAACUGCAGGCCCACUGACUGCCAGGCCGGCGGUACAUGUGCACAAAAUCACUGCUGUGCUGCACGGCAAACCUUUCAUUUUUCUCUGAAUGUUGCAUGGUUGGUCGCUUUUCUAACUACUUGUAAAUAUGUAUUUAAAUUAAUAAAUUACAGUUAAUGAUGCAA